AUGAGUGGCUUCACUGAAGAACAAUUGACUGUGCGGAAUGCUAUUCAGAAGAUCUGCGCUCAAUUUCCAAAUGAGUAUUGGCGCCAGCAUGAUCAAAGCGAAACUGACCCAAAGGAGCUGCAUGCCGCGCUCGCGGCUGAUGGAUGGCUUGGGAUUGCUCUGCCGGAGGAGUUUGGAGGUGCGGGUUUGGGUAUUUCUGAAGCGACCAUGAUGCUCCAGACCAUAUCGCAGUCCGGGGCAGGUAUGGCUGGCGCUCAAUCCAUCCACGGCAAUGUCUAUGCGACUCAACCGCUGGCUAAGUUCGGAAACAAAGAACAGCUGGAAUCGACCAUACCCAACAUCAUCAACGGCACAUGGAGGAUCUGCUUCGGGGUGACCGAGCCGAACACUGGUCUCGAUACCUUGAGGCUGAAAACCACUGCCACUCGCAAGGGUGGUAAGUAUGUUAUUACUGGCCAAAAGAUAUGGAUAACAUGCGCCCAGGUUGCGUCGAAGAUGAUCUUGCUCGCUCGGACGACACCAUUGGAAGAGGUGAAGAAACCAAGCGAAGGUCUUUCUAUGUUCUGCAUAGACAUUGACAGAUCUAAUCCCGCCCUCGAGCUCAAGAGAAUCAAAAAGAUGGGCGGCAGGGCUGUUGACGCCAAUGAAGUAUUUUUUGAUCACUACGAAGUACCUGAGAGUACCUUGGUAGGGGAGGAAGGCCAAGGCUUCAAGAUUAUUCUGCACGGUAUGAAUGCAGAAAGGUGUCUACUCGCAGGAGAAGCACUCGGGCUGGGAUAUGCCGCAAUCGAGAAGGCGGCUCAAUAUGCCAGAGAGAGAGUGGUUUUUGGCAGACCGAUCGGAAAGAAUCAAGCUAUUGCACACCCUCUAGCGGAUGCAUACAUGGGUUUGGAAGCAGCAAAGUUGGCAGCUUAUCAUGCCGCAAAGCUUUAUGAUCGAAGCAAAACAGAUGCCAGCAUCACUCAGCAUGCGGUAGGAGUGGCAUGCAACAGUGCCAAAUAUGUGGCGGCCGAAGCCGCAUUCAAGGCGUGUGAGAGAGCAGUAAUGUCCCACGGCGGAAUGGGUUAUGCAAUGGAGUAUGAUGUCGAGCGGUAUCUGAGAGAGUGUUUGGUACCGAGAAUUGCGCCAGUCAGUCGCGAAAUGAUUUUGAACUUUGUGAGCGAAAAGGUGUUGGAACUCCCGAGGAGCUAUUGA